AUGUCCUCCAACCAGGAACCCAUUGGCCAAUGGGUAGAGAAGUGGAAUCAACUGGUCUUCUUCCAGCCAGACGACCAACUCUCUGCCAAGACCCUCCAGGAAACGCUUCAUCCUGAAACGACCGUCAAAAUCAACCAUGACGUCCACGACAUCAAGGGAUUGACAGGAGGCGUCCAGUGGGUCCGUACCGCGAUGGAGACCACUCUGGAGAGCAACGAGGAGCUUGUGGCGUGGAACGCUCCGGACGGGCUGGGCGGCUCAGUCGCGCACCUUACCAAGUUCUCGUCGAAAGACAAGGCCUCGGGCAAGGUGACCAAGAAGACUAGCCUGGUUACUACGAUUGUCAAGGCAGUUGACGGCAAGAGGUUGGUCUCGGAGCUGAUUGAGGUUGAGGUUGAGACGUAG